UUCUGAAAAUGUAAACUACGUUAUUCGUGAUGAGUGGCCUCCUCUCUUUUCAAGCUGACAAUGUUGGCACCCAAUUAGAUAAUAUUUCGUCCUUCAGCCAAGGAUGUCUAUCUCAUUGCUUGUACUUCUGGAAAAACACAAUGUGAUUCAAUUAUUAGGAAAAGAGCAGCUGCCCUGACGUAAUCUGAGGUUUUUGUUUUGCUUUUCUCAGAUGCACAAUUGCAAUUAUUUGAUGUACCUUACAAGGGUGCAGCUAUUUUUACGUUUCAUUAUUGCAAUACGUUCUUAUACAUAUCAGUGAUUUAUACUUAGUGUGCCCCUGUCGGUAAAUUGAUUGAAAUGGAAACAGAAACAUAUAUUCUCCUCCUGCAGUCCUCAGCCAUGUUAUUAAUGACAUAGUGGCACUGUUUUUACACCAGGGUUUCGAUUCUCCAGAAGAACCAGUGGGAUCUUUCUUUAGGAAAUGCCUGGAAUCUUUAUAUAGCUGCUGAUUUUUAAGAAAACUCAUCUAUAGUAAGUGUCAGUCCAUAUCAGAUCAUGCAUCCAUCUUGCAAUCGUUUAUCCUGGUUAGGAUCACUGGGGUAUGUGGUUCCAGUCCCAAGCUGCAUAGGGUACAUCCUGGAUGGAACCACAGGGCAGACAAUCACAAAUUCAGUCAUUCUCUACGGCAAUUCAGAGAUACCAGGUAGCAGAACUGCAUGUGCUUGGCAUGCAGGAGUAGCUGAGCUCCCAGGAGGAAUCCAUUCGACAGGGCGGAAGUGGGAUUCGAACCCCUAACGCUAGAGGCACGUGUGCUACCUCCUGUGCCACCAAUUUUACAUAAUAUAGUACGAAAAGAAAUGCUCUACUUUUCAAAAGCCUUCUAAAGAUAAUCCAUAUGAUACAUAUAUAUGCAUGUUAUUUUAAUAACUUUAGGCAUCAUCACCAAACAAAAUACUCCAAACGAGUCAUUAAAAUAGCACAUACAUCAUUAAUAAAAGAUAACUUCAAAGAAUCAAUAAAAUUGGGGAUCCACGGGAAAGUAGUCCCAACGUCAGCAGCGUCACGUAAGCCGAGAAGUCAGACGACCGACUUGGGUAUAAAUGCGCUCGACCGAGGCGGUGUAAACUUUUGCCUGGUUACUUCGUUUCCAGAUCACCGCUGCUGUAAUCGGAGGUGCAUUUAACUGUGUAAAAAUCCAGCGACAAAUUAAAACGUUAGACUGAGCAGCUAUAAGUCGAGUCGGUUGUGGCACUAGACUCCCAUGUCAGACUUUGGCAGCUUGCGGCACCUAUGGGGGAAAGCUUGACAUGCAGUAAGUACAGAGCGCCGGUGAGGGAUCAUGUAUCACUGAAGAAGUGUUAUAUUCAGUGAUUUUAACACGUUAUGUUAAAGCGGAAAAAUCGGAUAUAGAAUGUGAUCUUGGGCAGAUAACCAUCCACGGACAUACGUGCUCUCUCAUUUUCUGGUAAGAUUGUCGCGACUGUGUGUUGAGACGGCAGAAAAGCUGUUGAUUACUGAUCUUGGGACAGUAGCUGCCGCCCAGCUGAACAAAUGAGUUCUACCCCACCCAUAACACCAAGUCAUCUCCUUUGUCGUGAACUGGAAUAGCAGCCCAGUAGCAGGUUGUUUGAAGGACCAGCGCUGGGAGUUUCUGGAUCGUGGGGGGACACUCCAGAAGCCAUCUGGCAGGUUUCCUAGACCGGGCCUAAGUGAAUUGUCUUAAAUCUGCAUCCGGAUACACUUACAUUAUGAAGAGCAGCGCCCAAGGUUAAUCCGUCCUGCAGUGGACUUCUGCACAAUCACAUCACAAACCGAAUAAUCAUAAUCGAGCCACUGCAUCGCUUUUUGUGGCCCUUGAAGUCAUGCAUCUGGAGGUGAAGAUUGCCUCGAACUUCGUCGUCUCGUAUCUGUAUGACAAGCUGCCACGUCGCCGCGCCGACAUGUUCGGGGAGGAGCUUGAGCGGCUCCUGAUGGCGCGUUUCGAAGGCCACUGGUAUCCCGAGACCCCCCUGCGGGGGUGUGCCUUUCGCUGCCUGCACCUCGGCAUUGCCAGGGACACUGUGGUAGAGCUGGCAGCGCGGCGGAGCGGGCUUGACAUGUCGGAGGUGCGAGCCAACGUCCCGCCUGAGCUGAGCGUGUGGAUUGACCCAUACGAGGUAUCCUAUCAAAUCGGGGAAAGUGGGGAAGUGCAAGUCCUGUACUUAAAAGACCCAUCUGUCCAAGUCUGUGACAUUGGGAAUGUUGAAGAGGAGUGUGUAUUUGGUGACUGCAAUGAUAAGAUGCAGCUAGAAGACAAGCAAUUAGGGUUCAAUCCUAAAGCACAGAUAUUUAUACCAGUAGUAGACAAGGUGUCUCCUAUUGGCGUACAGUCUCUCCCCAGCUCUCCUACACACUCCUCAUCCCACCAUAACUUUUUUGGAUAUUUUGGCUCAUGCCCAGCUGCCAACAGAAGCAUUAACUCAUCAAACAGCUCAACCCCCUCUCCUCCGAAUCCACGUCUGAAUUAUGAUCAAUCUCAGCCGCAGCUUCCAGUUGCUUCCGACAGCCGUCCGACCCCCCACCCUGUCACUUUUACGACUGCUAGUUUUGCUGCAACCAAAUUUGGCUCCACCAAGAUGAAGUGUGCAGGUUCCGGAUCUGGAAUCUCACCUCAGCCAGCCAUGUGCUCACGUUCCCCCGUUACUGUACCCCACGCCGGCCUUAUCAAGCACAGGUCCUUCUCCCUACACUCUUUUGGGAGUCCCACCUCCAACCAGAUGUCUCCUAAUACCAAAGACUUAAUCUACCCAGUAUCCCCAGUGGGAUGUAGCUUUGACUCUGAUGUUCCACCUCUGCCUGUCCACACCACUCUUCCACAUCCUAAUCCUCUUAAUGUUCACCCAACCUUUGGCCUGUUCUCGAGUUCCCAGCCGGGUCAUUCAGUGGGAGUUGUCAGUGGUAGAGGUGGAAUUUCCUAUCUGGAGAAGCCAACAUUCAUGGAUGGAAUUUCAGGGUACAACCUGCAGUACACCAACCACAGCUCCCAGCCUAUAGUACUGGCCAGUUAAUGGCUUUUGAUGCAUAUCUGGGAUGCUCUAGUUGUGCUUUUGGUUUGUAUAUUAUUCCCGUUCACGGUUUCCAUAGUGCCUGAGAGACACAACAGUCUUCCAGGAUUGAAAUUUUCACAAUCAUGCCUAUUUUCACACUAGUGCUCAUUCAACAAUUUGUUACUGGUGUUUAGUUAUGUUAAUGGGUUUAAAGGAAGUUGAUGAGGCUUGUUGGUAACCCAGUGAGGUGGUACUUUUUAACACUUAUUCAGUCUGAUUACUGCUGGUUGCAGGUUUUCUCCUUUUGGGGAAAAAAAUCCAUGUAAUGCUAGAGAUCAGCCAAUUCCACGCUGAACAAUAGGUUUGGAACGCAAUAUCAAAAUGAUCUUCAUUUGACUGUUAAUCGUGAGUUUUUUGGUGUUUCAAGCCCGGUUAGUUUUUAAUGCAAUUUGAAAGGUAGACAUUUUAAACACACUAGGUGGGCUUGAAACAUUGAUGAUGUCACAGACUUUUUCCAUGCAAAGUGACUCUGCACUGAGGUGUUUUUUGGCUGCUGUAACAUGACUUUUGCAUUGCGUUUAACUAGGACAGUCUGAGCACGGUGACACGUCGUGUCAUGUGACUCCCAGAUAGGAUUACCUGUCCCGAUGCUGGAAGGAGACUUUUCUUGGAAUCCAGCAAUCUGAGAAUUUGUCUUCCCCUUUCAGGUUUUCUUACUCGUAUCUCAGGCACUUCAGUGGCAAUAGUACGUGAGAGAUUGGGGACAUCAAAUGAGGGAAGAGAUUUUGAGAAGGAGAAACUGGGAUGCUCUCUGGCUUUGCUGUAUUGGGAAUGGAAGCCACACACACACACACACACACACACACACACAGCUGCAUCCCCAUCGGCAGUGAGUGAAGGUGAGAGUGGAAGAGGGAGGAGAAUAGAUAAGCACUGGGGAUGGUGAUAAAUGGCCCAGUGUGACUUUCGCUGUGAAGGAGAGAGGCUGCUGUGGGAGGGUAAGGGGACUCGGAGGGGGUGGGGGUGGGUUAGGAGUGUCUCUGUGAACAUGGUGUCCAGUCGCUAAAAUUUUAAAAAUUGAUCAGUUUCCGUGCAUCUGCUGUUGUGCUCAGCGACAUGGUCAUGACCCCACGGCAUCUAUGCUUUUCUGAUUGUGUACUCUAACUGUAAAGCUGCUUUCAUUUGCCCCUAUAUAUGAAUAUGGACUUCAGAUGUUUCCCAUUGGCUGUUUGCAUCCUUCCAUCCUUACCAGGUUACCUGGAAUGGAGGGGGGGGGGCGAGGAGCACUGUGACUGUGAUCCCACUGUGAGUGUGUGAUCCAUGCAGUGGGAAGCAGCGAAGCAUCGAUAAUGUGUCUAACCAUCCAAGAGUGAAACGGGUCAUGAAGUAGUGGUUGAUGGUUGACCAUGGUCAGGAGAGCAGAGAAGGUGGCCCCCUCACCUCCGCUGCUUCUGGACGUCUAACACAGGUGCACCCAGUAUUUCGUCCCUCACUGCUAUCUCUAGGGAACACAUUAAGAGAAGAUUACCACCACAAGUAUUAUGGAUGGGGUGAUUACUCCGUGACGUCUGUCAUGGCCGAGUUGUUGUACGGUUUUAACAUUUUGAAUAAGAGGUGACUAAUGAUGAAUGGUUUCUUUUUUCUGGAUGGCUGAUUCUCACAUGGUUUAUUAUUGAGUGUAAUCGUUUGGGUGCAUUCACCUUAAGAUUAAGUGUGAUAAGGAGUGGCAGGAUAUCGGCAUUAAAAAUUCACACGUAGUCUACAAUCAUAUAAGGUAUAUGUCUUAUUGGCUGUUUCAUGGUUGGGAUUCUUUAGUCUUCAGGCUUUAUAGAGAUACAUAUGAGUGAAAUGCUGGCAUUUAAUGGUGAAUGUAGGUUAUCCAGGAGAAUAGUUUGGUGGUGACGUAAAAUGGAGGGGAAUUCAAUUUGGGUUUAGGUAAAAUGUGAAUAUGGGAGCAGAGUGUCUCUUUCAGUCAGAAGACUGUUGACGUGGCUACCACACAAUCAUAUGAGUCGAUAUUUCUUUUCACGUUUCCUUUUAGUUCUGCUGUUUCGGGGGUAUCUGUCAGAAUACCAAAGGAGGUGAUUGGCGCAAGGCGUUGGAUGUUUGCAGUUUUACUUUAUUGGAUAAGUUGACGCGGCCGGAUAUUUCACUGAAUGCUCUUCAGGUUCAGGUGCCAUAGUCUGCCAGCCAGUGCAGCCCCUCAGACUUCAACAUGCCCUGUUGUUGUGACACGUCCAUUUCCUACAGCCUAGAUUGGUUAACAUGUAAUGCAAGUAAACAUGUUCUGGGGGGGUCUUCAGUUAACUAGAGUCCGACGGCUUCUUUGGUUUCUGUUUUUUCUGGGUCUGAAUCCGGAUUAGCGACCGCUAACAGAAUGCAGAUUUGGAACUGGCGAACCGCUCCAUGUGACGAGCUUCAAACAUCACUACUGCGCUCUGAAUAGCUUUUCUUCAAGUGUGCUUUUCAGUCUGCUUUUCAGUUGCAUUCUGGGAUGCUGUCGUAAUCCUCACACUACCUUAGGCUCCGAUGUCAGACUAGACUAAUGGAAGACAGGUGAAGAUGAAGCAUUUGCACUUUUUUUUUUGGACGUGCAAUAUUUUUCCUUGCGAUUAUUAUGUGUCACUUGUUCCUGAUGGAUGGGCACUAACAUCUGUGAGCCAGUUUUAUCUCAUCACUUUGGCUGCUCUAGAAUUCAAAGCAGCACAGAGUUGAAAAAUGCACCGAUCGUUUGUUUCUGUCUGCGAACUAAUGCAGUACUGUCUGUGGGUAUGAUUGGUACUUGGUCCUUGCAUUGUAGAUUCUGUACCUGCCUGUUCCGGUGGACCUGUUUUGUUCCUCUCAGCAGGCGGACGCCUGCAUUUUAUUUUAUCUCUUUUUUUUUUUUUAGUUUUGUAAUAAAAGAGACCAAAGCAUGAAAGUCAUCCUCUUGUGUGGUCUCAGUGAUUUGCAUUAUUUUAGCUAUUGCUAGCAUUUAACGUUCACUUUUCCAUAGCCUUCAUGUGAAUGCUUUCCAGUUUCACUCCCUUCUCAGUGUCACUGGAUAUCUUCCUGGAGUUCAUGUUGAAUGCGGUGCCCCACAGCGGAUCUCCUGGGAUUUAACCGGACGACGGAUCCGUGUACUCGGCUUCUGUGAUACCCGCUUUCCUUCAUGCGGUAGCAAUCCGCUUCCUGUGUAAGAGCCCAGAGCGUAUUGGUGGGAAUUUAGAACCACAGGAAGGAGCAGUAGCUACGUCUCUGUGGUGAAAAGAGCUGAGAUCCGUGUCUAGACCCAGAACGUCUUUUUCGCUUUGUUUUCGUCUGUUCGCAUACUAAGCUGUAACCAGCACCAUGCUAAUCUAUCAACCUGCAAAACCAACUCCCUGAAAACUGGAUCCGCUGCUUCCUGCCGUCUCCUUUCAGCCGGUUACCCUUGACAUGAGCGUUUGGUCUCGUUUCAGGACCGCAGAAUGGCGGGGAUGCAGUGACUCACUCUUUCCAAACUUAACGACCCGUAGCGCGUGCCGUUUCGCACAAAGCUGCAUUUAGGGCCCAUUCGUUCAUUCACAAAAGCGACGGGCACGCUGUGCCAGGGAGUCCCUGUGAAUGGUGCCGAACUGCAGUGUGCCAUUCUGUAAAUGAGCCCAUUGUCUGCUAAGCUCAGUUGUGAAUGUAAUAUUGGCCCAGGCUAAUUCCGUUAUCCCCAGCUCCAUUGAUUGAUGUGGAGAAAUGUGGCAAAGCCCCUCUGCUGCAAAUAGGGAGACAAAAAAUAUAUUGGCCUGGAAAGUUAGCUUGGUAACAUUUUACACAAGGCCGUGUUUUUAGUCAUUUGUAAACGCAUCCGUAAUGCAUUGUAAUGCAUUUGUAAAACAAAAGCAUUAGAUACCUUUAAGGAUGCUUUGUACUGCAUUGUAAUGCUUAUGCCGACCAUUAUAAUGCAUUAUAAAGGUAUCUAUAGUGCAUUAUAGAUUAGAGCUUCAUAAAGCAUUCAUAACGCAUUAUAAUAAAAAUUUUGCGUAUGUUAUGCCUUUCGAUGAAUAUUUAUAGCCAUGCUUGUAAUCUUUUAUGAAUGCAUUAUGAUGUAUUAUGAAUGUGUUUAUAAAUGACUAUAAUCAUGGCCCUUAG